AUGGAGGUCUGCAAGAAUGCAGCUACGAACACAUCGAUGUUCCCAUUCUCGAGAACGUUGAUCCUACCACCGAUCUCGUGCUCACUGCCCUCAACCAAACCAACCGGCUCAUUCGGCAGCAGAGCAAACAGAUCGAAAUCCUGGAGAAAAGACAGCGAUCGCAAUCUCCCCCGCAGAGACGUUGCUGAUCAUGUUCUCCUUCAUCCUCCCGGUCUCCAUCAAGAAGUUGAAGAAAGCAAAACAAUGAAAGUAGAGGAAGAAGUAUGCACCUCAGAACCAAGAACAGAAUAUUGUCAAACAAAUGGAGAUAUCAGAGUGCAUGGAAAAUCCUCCUCAGUUUACAUUGUGCCAAACAAAACAAUCACCAUGGAUGAAAACAUGUCAAGGAGUGUAAAGCCCUAUGCAAGAAAGGAUGAAACAAAUGCAAUGAAAAGGGUAACACAAUGGUCAAUAAAAACCAUCCAACAAGCCCCAAAUUGCACCAAAAAUCACACCAUUCCAGCAGUAAUAUUCUCCACUUCAGGAUACACAGGAAACCAUUUCCAUGAAUUCAGUGACACCAUCAUUCCACUGUUUUUGACUUGUAAACAAUUCAAUGGACAAGUGCAGCUUCUCAUAACUGAUAACAAGCCUUGGUGGAUUCUCAAACACAAACCAUUUCUUGAAAAACUUUCCAACUACGAGAUUAUCGACAUUGAUAAAGACGAAGAACUGCAUUGCUUCCCUAAAGUGAUUGUUGGUCUCAAAAGGUAUGAUAAAGAUCUAACCAUUGAUUCUAUGAAAGAGUUUAGAGAUUUUUUGAGAAGUUCUUAUUCAUUGGAAAGAGUGGAUGCAAUCAAAAUUAGAGAUACUAGUAAACAAAGCUUGAAGGUUAAGAAACCUAGACUUCUUAUUGUAUCAAGAAAAAGAACAAGAUCAUUCACCAAUAUACCUCAAAUAGUAAAAAUGGCUAAAGGGUUAGGUUUCAAAGUACUUGUUAAGGAAGGAGGAAGGAACAUGACAAGGUUUGCAAAUAUUGUGAAUUCUUGUGAUGUGUUAAUGGGAGUUCAUGGUGCUGGUCUUACUAACAUACUUUUCUUACCUGAAAAUGCAAUUUUCAUUGAAGUUGUGCCUUAUGGUGAUGUGGAAUUGCUUGCUACAAAUGCUUUUGGAAAGGUUUCAGAAGAUAUGAAUAUUAGGUAUUUGGAAUAUAAAAUAAGGUUGGAAGAAAGUAGUCUUGUAGAAGAGUAUCCAUUGGAUCCUUCACCAAUAAGAAAACAAGAUUGGGAGAAACAAAAUGUAAAACUUGAUAUUAUUAGGUUUAGGCCAAUAUUGCAAAAUGCCCUUGAGUUAUUGGUAGAAUAG